ACCGUUAUGAAUAGAGGGGCUCCUUUUGUUUGGCCCCUCUCGAGCAGCACUAUAAAUACAGAGCCCUGUGAUGCUCCUCACAGAGCAAGAGGUGCGAAAUCAGACAGGAGACACAGCCUCUGAGAGAGAGAGAGAGAGAGAGAGAGAGAGAGAGAGAGAGAGAGGGAGAGGGAGAGAGAGAGAGAGAGAGAGAGAGAGGGAGAGGGGGGCUCCAGUGGGAUAAAUCAGGUGAUCAAGCAGGAGUGACUUGAGAUAAAAACAAGCCAAGAGCAAGAGACAACCUCCUACCCAAGCGCAGCCAUAAAAUGAAUUCGGACUCCAGCUCCUCCAGCAGAGCCUCCUCUCCAGACAUGGAUGAGAUGUACCACCACCACCACCACCACCACCUCCAUCCCCAGGACGGACGUCUGAACUCGGUGUCCUCCACGCAGAGCGAGCUGCUCCAGAAGAUGACGGGCGAGCACGCGGCCAAGUCGCCCUCCGGCAGCAAGUACAAGCUGAAGAAGCAGGUGACCGAGCAGGAGGUCCAGCAGCUGCGCCUGAAGAUCAACGGCCGAGAGCGCAAGCGCAUGCACGACCUGAACCUGGCGAUGGACGGGCUCCGAGAGGUCAUGCCGUACGCGCACGGGCCGUCGGUGCGCAAGCUGUCCAAGAUCGCCACGCUCCUGCUGGCCAGAAACUACAUCCUGAUGCUGACGAGCUCGCUGGACGAGAUGAAGCGGCUGGUGGGUGAGAUCUACGGCGGUCACCACUCGGCGUUUCACUGCGGGACGGCGAGCCACGGGGGCGCGAGUGCGGCCGCGCAUCAGGUGCAUCACCAGGUGCAUCCUCUCCUCGGGAGCGCGCUGACCUCGUCGGCCUCCGCGACGUUUUCCAGCACGUUACCGGGACUUACCUCCAUCAGGGCGCCGCACUCUUUGAUGAAGAGCACCCCUGCCCCUCCGCUGCAGCUCGGGGGCUCGUUCCAGCACUGGACGGGCUUGCCGUGCCCCUGCACGAUUUGUCAGGUGCCCCCGCCUCCCCACCUGCCCAUCACCUCCACAGGACUGACGAGGCUUUCCACAGAGAACAAGGACGCGAUGAAGUGACCAGCGAGCGGACUGGACUUUGCAUGAUCUGUCUGUCUGUCUGUCUGUUCGUUUGUUUUAGCCCUUACGAGUUCUCACUUCGUCCUUGUAACAAGGAUCACUCCGAUUGCUCUGUAAGGUAACUACUUCACCGUUAUGGAGCACGUGCUGCAUAACGCGCUGUACAUUGACUGUAAAUGAGAGUAAAUCGUUCUAUUUGAGCUGGAGUCUGUGUUUGAAACUGUCCCCAAGCGCGAGCACUCACUCCCCUUACAGAAAUUCACCGUGGUAACCAUAAAAAUGUUUCUGGUAACACUUUAUUUUGAUGGUCCCUUUCGAGCAUUCUGUUGAAAAUAAGUAGCUUUGCACUUACUUGUCAGCUAACUCUCAUACGAGUGCAAGUCGACUGCCUGAUUAAUAUCUGUUAACUCUUUAUUGUGAGGCUGUCCCAGCAGACUAUAGGCCAGAGUAACUUUGCAAGUAUCCACUUAUUCUAACCCUGUCUAAAACUCUGAGAAUUAGAGAAAUAUUAAUUGCAGUCGAUAGGAUGUGUUAAACGGGCCAUCAACAAAAAGUGAACCCGGUUUUCUACAGUAAGAGCCUUCAUUAAAGCGCGAUCUCCUUUAGAUGCUGACGCUUUAUUCAUUGUUGCGUGUUUCUUCUGUAGGUGCUUUCGCGGUGAAUCAAGAGUCUUAAGAUCAUGUGAUGUGGGGGAGAUGUGUGCAUGUAUCUUUUGCAAAGGGUAUGAAAAGACGAAUCCAACAUGUUCCUUGUAACAAGGAUUGUGAAAUGGCAUUUCGGAUGAAAACUGUACGACUUUGGAUUUAGUUCGCACUAAAGUGGUGUUAUUAUAUCUCCUUCGAUUAUGUUAUUCAUCCAUUGUCCGCCUGAGUAAUAGCUGAACCUUCAGUCGUGUUAUUUCUGUGUCGUAUCUUUAUUUGAAAUUCUUCGGCAUGGCAUCUUGUUCAAACAAAGCAUGAUCUGUUUUAAUCGGAUACUUUUUGUUAUUCCAGAGAGAUUGCCGUGGUCUUUAUUUUUGUACAUUCUUGUUGACAAAUGAGAUAUUUAUUAUUGCCCAGUGUUCCUGGAUGAAAUUUCAAUAAAA